CCUAGGUCAGCUGUCUGCACAUCACUGGAGCGUCACAUACUUUACUUACAUCGUAUCUGGUGUCAAACAGACUAAAGUAAGACAAUACUGACAGCUCUGAUAUACUCACUCAUGAUGGAGUAAUAAAUUAACUCGGAAAUGGAUGCUUCUCAUCUUGAAUUUCCAUUACCGUCUCAAGCUUCUCAUGUGCCUUCAGCUCUCUCUGCAUCUGGACACGCCAUUCAUCCGGUGUCCUCCUCUUUAUCAACACCUAGCCCCUCCCCUUCAACAAUGACUUCACCCCCACACCUUGCCUCUCAGACAGGACGCUCACAGCUGAAUGCAGCCAGUAAUGCCCUCACUGGCUUUCCAGGACAAUCAUCAUCUUCUCCAUGGGAGGAGCUGAGCAUUGACGAGCUUAAACAGAGGGCUAAAAAUGGGGACGCCAAAGCACAGACAGAGAUUGGUAGGUAUUACCUGAGACUAGCUGAGCAAGAAGAUGAGGAGGUGAAUUGCGUUACUGCGGUAACAUGGCUACUCCAGGCGGCAAAACAUGGCCGAAAAGAUGCAGUGAAACUUCUUCAACGCUGCCUGCAUGACAGGAGGGGUAUCACAUCUGAAAACAGAGAGGAAGUGCGUUCACUGGCGUGCGAAUCUCGUUUUGAGCGCAGUGUCAGGAAAGCAGCUCUGCUCAUGUACUGGAAACUCAAUCCAGAGAGGAAGAAAACGAUCAGUGCCUCUGAAAUUCUGGAAAACAUGAGCCAGCUCAACACUGAGACCGAUGGCGCUCCCAGCAGCUCUCUCUCAAGCCCAGCACGGAAACAAAGGAAAGUUUUAGAGAGUCUGGUAUCAAGAGAUGGGACUGAUAAUGUAGAUCUAGAGGAGUUUGUUGAGAAUACGAAACUAUUUGCUCAGGGUAUCUCGCCAACACCUGCCAUGGAAGGAGUAGGGACUGAUGAUGAUGAUGACGAUGAUGAAGAGCCUGUAAAGAACCCAGAUGAACUGCCUUUGAAUCAAAAGGUGUUGAAGUUUCCCCUUCAUGCUGUGAUGGAAGUGAAAGAGGUGCUGAUUGACUGGGCGUCUCGCGCAGGAAUGCAGUGGAUUAGCGCCCUCAUUCCCACACAUCACGUCAAUACUCUUAUCUUCUUCUUUAUCAUCUCCAACCUCACCCUGGAGUUCUUUGUUCUUGUCAUUCCCCUCAUCAUAUUCUACCUCUCCUUUAUGUCGAUGGUCAUCUGUACACUCCGAGUCUUCCAGAACAGCAAAGCGUGGGAGAACUUUCGAGCGCUAACGGCCAUGCUGGCUCAUUUCGAGCCGGGCAUUGACCUUGUGCAGGCCGAGUGUAACUUUACUUGGAACCAUCUGGAGCCAUACCUUUAUUUCCUCCUCUCAACGCUAUUUCUAAUAAUUUCAUUUCCACUUGCAGACAAAUCAUGGCUGCCAUGCUCGGAACUGGCUACCAUUGCGUUUUUUUUAACCGUAAGUAGCUACUUGAGUUUGCGACCAACAGCGCGACAACAUGCCAAACUCGCUCUGCUCAUGCAAGUUGCCUCCGCCAUAUGUGAACUGUCAAAUCAUCUGCUGGGAGGGUGGAAGGGUCGUAUAGUGGGAGGUUCUUGGUUUAGCAUACACCUUAGUGACCUGUUUGUACUGCACGUGGGUGUGCCUUGCAUUUCCUACUUCUACCUUCUAUACCUGUGUGCUCGUAUGGCCACAGCAGGUGGGGCACGUGGGACCUACAGCGUGCUGCUUCCGUACUUGGUAUGCUUUAUCUGGUGUGAGCUGUCCGUCACAUUGUUGCAAGAAUCAACAGCGUUGGGGCUAAUGCGCACCACUGUGGGUUACCUCCUUUUCUUCUUUGCUUUGCCCGUGCUAUCGCUGGCCCUUGCAGUCGUAAUGCUGGUGCAGUUGGUGCAGUGGUUUCUCGCUCUAGAACUGGCCAAAAUGGCUUUAACGGUGUGCGUUUGCGUGCUGCCAGUGCUACUGCGCUGGUGGACACGUUUUAGCAUGUCGCCACUAGCGGUGUUGCGCUCCUUGCGGCGUAGUAGCGUGGUCAAGUUGAUCCUGGUUUGGAUUUCAGCCCUGGUGCUCUUCAGCUGGUUCUACGUGUACCGUUCAGAGGGAAUGAAGGUAUACAACUCGACUCUGACUUGGCACCAGUACAGCGACAUCUGUGGUCCUCGGGCCUGGAAGGAGCGUAACAUGGCACACACCCAGAUCAUCUGCAGCCACUUGCAGGGUCACCGCGUUACGUGGGAGGGCCGGUUUAAGUAUGUUCGCGUCACUGAGAUUGAGAAUGGCGCACAAGCUGUUAUUAAUCUUCUACCAGUUUUUAUAGCAGACUGGGUUCGCUGUCUUUAUGGAGAGGAGUAUCCUGCCUGCGAUGCAAGUCAGCCGGGGCCUGCGGAGCCGCUAUGCCAGCUCAAGACACUGACAAAGCAUAAGUGCCAUGUGAAACGUUUCGACCAUUACAAGUUUGAAGUGACUAUGGGGAUGCCGCAGGAGAAGAAGGGGCGAAAUGGAGGGCAUGAUAUCGACGAUGCGACCAAAGACAUUGUGCUGCGGGCUAGCAACGAAUUCCGUGGCGUUUUGCUGGCACUCAGCUCAGGGAGUGUGGUUGAGUUUAGUACGGUACUUGAAGGCAGACUGGGCAGCAAAUGGCCUGUGUUUGAGCUCAAAGCGCUUCACUGCAAGACAUGUGCCUCACCACUUGUACCAAUACAACGACAGGUCAAGAUCGAGCAGGACUGGAGGGUUAACGCUAGAAAUGCUUUGGCUUUCGCCUUCAAUUUCUUGUUUCACCCCCUGAUUUCGGUGGAGGUGGACGUUAAUGUUGGUACUACAGAAGUGUCCGUAUGAAGCUAUUUAUCUGAUUAACCAAGUUCACCCUUGGCAUACACCGCAGUAUUAUACUGAAUUUCGAAGAGCAAUGAGACUGUUGAGAUUUGGUAAAGUGCUUUUGAUGACAGGCGUUAACAUCAUGUUUUGUGUUUCACGAUUGAAGCAAGUCUCGGUAGCUGCUACGAGAACCAAACAAACAGAUAUCACUACAAUUCCUGAACUGUCGCAACACUGUUUUUAAUUUGAAUCUCAUGCAUAUCAUGGAAAAAUUCACAAUCAUAUGCAUUAGUUACUGUAUAAGCCAGUGGAUAUGGACUAACUUCCUUUACUACAACGAAGUUGCACUGGCUUUUCCCCCUUUUGUUUCAUGAAUAAUAGGGCUUUUAUUCAUCUGAUAUUUGAUUAUAUCUGAUUUAUUUAAUAUUUUGGAUUUCUUAAGCAGUAUUAUCGUCUUGUUUUCCAGUAAAAAUAUCUAAACAACCUUUAAACAAGAUAUGUACAAAAUGACACAAUAUUUAGUUGUGUUUUCAGAGAAAUCUAACAAAAUUCUAUAAAGUAUAAAUAAUAAUCUACCAGUGGGAUAAGGAAAAAUAACUUGUUUUUAAUUAAGUUUAUUUGCUCCAUUGGCAAAUAGUAAAACCUCAUUUAAUUUGGUUAGAUUUCUCUGUAAACAAGACUUAAUUACAUAUUAAUAUGUAAUUUUGCUUUGUCAAUAAACUUGUCUUGUUUUAAGGAUGUUUACAUAUUUUUACCAAAAAACAUGACAAAUAUACUGAGUAAGGAUAUGAUUUUUUGCCAUGUAUCUGUGUUUUAUUUUUGCCUUAGAUUAGCAGCAGUGUUGUUUUGAAGAUGUAACUGAUUUUAUUUUCUUUGUAAUUUAAGACAUAUAGAACAAAUAUGAAAAUUAUUAGAUUUUUCUGUGAAAAUACUGUAUGAUAGAUUUCUUUGAUAAGUCUGCAGAUCUUUUAUAUAUAUAUAUAUAUACAUACAAAAUGUUGGGAUAAAGUUGGGAUUUAUAUAUUUAGUUGAGAUUUUGAGUUAUCAUAUAGACUAAUAAACCUGAAAAUCAGAUACAUUUGAAAUCAAACAAAUCAUAAUGCUAAACAAUAAGAUCUGUUUGAUUUUAGAUUUCUUCACAUGUUUCAAACCUAGACAUGGGAUGGCUUGUGACUCUAUUGAAUGUACAAUCUGACACACUACA